AUGGCUAGCGCCUCCAUAUUGCAGGACCCAUUGCUGCAAGCUCGACAUAAGCAAUCUGUCACGCUCUCCAAUGGUCGCGCACUGGGCUAUGCGGAAUUUGGAUCUCUCAAUAAGGAUGCUACCACAAUCUUAGUUUUCCAUGGUUGGCCAGGUUCCCGACUGGAGAGUGCUGUAUUCCACUUCGCAGCGAGUGAGUUGAACGUGCGUAUUAUCGGCAUCGAUCGCCCGGGCAUCGGUCUAUCCUCUCCACAGCCAAAGCGCAAGCUCCUCGAUUGGCCUGUCGAUGUCCGAGAGUUGGUGCGGCAUCUAAAACUCGAGCGAUACUAUAUCAUCGGCGUUUCAGCUGGUGGGCCUCAUGCUCUCGCUUGUGCACAUGAGCGAGCAGAGAAUGAAUUGCUUGGAGUUGGUAUUGUCUCUGGUCCUGGUCCUUGGGCACUUGGUACGAAGGGUGCAAGUAUUGAUCUGAAAGUUACCCUGAACCUCGUGGCCUAUGCGCCAUGGCUGGUUCGGUAUUUCAUGAAUUCGAAAAUCGGCAGACCUGCUCAAGACCCAGAUCCAGCAAAGCUGGACCAAUUAAUGAGAUCUCAAAUGAAGAAUAUGCCGCCCGCAGAUCUAGUAUUCGCGGAGAAAUACCCUGCCAAAGUGGAUAUCAUGAUUGCUGCUGUGCGAGAAAGUUUCACGCAGGGUGCAGAUCCUAACGUGAAGGACGGACAGAUGUUGACCUCAGAGUGGGGAUUCGACUUGAAGGAUAUCAAAGUUAAGAAGGUCCUCGUGUGGCAGGGAACGAAAGACGUCAACGUCCCUGUCGAACGGGGGCGUUAUCUUGCAGAGCAUAUACCUCAAGCCAUCUUGCGAGAGUAUGAAGGGGAUACCCAUAUUACUAUUCACGAACAUGCUACAGAGAUGUUGAGAGAUUUGGUAUCCGUAUCUACUACAAAGAUAUAG